AAAUAAUCCACCUCAUAUUAACACCCUCAUGGCACCAAUUCAACUGUACAAUUUUUUAUUUAACAACCUCAUUGUAUAUGGUCUUAUAAAUAAGCAUCAUUUAGCAUAAGCUUUCUCUUGAGAGAACUUUUUUUACCUACUGGUAAACUGAAAAUGAAAAUCUUUGAUGUGAGUUUCACCGGAGAGUUCAUAGUCAAAGCUUCCGGCGACCAACUGGAGAAAGUUAGUAGCCUUACUCUCUCAAAUCUUGACCUUCUUUCCGGCCGUUUUCCGGUGACCUAUUUUUACUUCUACCCUAAGCAACCACAAUUAUCCUUUGAGUCAAUCGUCAAAUCCCUCAAAAGCUCUCUAUCUGAAACUCUUACCUACUUCUAUCCUUUCGCGGGUCAGAUUGUUACCAACGAAACCUCUCAAGAGGAGCCUAUGAUCAUCUGUAACAACAAUGGAGCUUUGCUCGUUGAAGCACGAGCUCAUAUCGAUUUCAAGAGUUUGGAUUUUUACAAUCUCGAUGUGUUUCUCCAAUCAAAGCUGGUUCCAGUUAACCCGGAUUUCGCUUUACAGAUUCAAGUGACAGAGUUCGAAUGCGGAGGCCUCGCUAUAACAUUCACGUUUGAUCAUGCUUUAGGAGACGCCAGCUCCUUCGGGAAAUUCCUCACUUUGUGGUCAGAGAUAUCAAGAAAUCAGCAGGUUUCUUGUGUACCAGAUCACCGGAGAAAUCUCCUUCGGGCACGGUCUCCUCCACGUUACGACCCUCACUUGGACAAAAAAUUCGUAAAAUGCAGCAAGGAAGACAUUAAGAACAUACCGAUGUCUAAAACGCUCAUCAAGCGUCUCUACCACAUCGAUGCUUCGAGCAUAGACGCGUUGCAAGCUCUAGCUACUGUAAACGGAGAGAGCAGGACAAAGAUUGAAGCUUUCUCCGCUUAUGUGUGGAAAAAAAUGGUGGAUUCUAUAGAGAGCGGUCAUAAAACCUGCAAGAUGGGAUGGCUUGUCGACGGUAGAGGAAGACUCGAGACCGUUACCUCAAACUACAUAGGAAACGUCUUGUCUGUAGCUGUAGGUGAAGCCAGCAUCGAAAAUCUGAAGCAAAACCAUGUAUCAGAGAUAGCAAACAUAGUGCAUAAAUCGAUAACAGACGUGACAAACAAUACUCAUUUCACAGAUUUGAUAGAUUGGAUCGAGAGUCACCGACCUGGACUGAUGUUGGCUCGGGUGGUCCUCGGACAAGAAGGACCAGCUUUGGUCUUGUCUUCAGGACGACGGUUCCCUGUGGCUGAAUUGGAUUUUGGGUUUGGUGCUCCUUUCCUAGGAACUGUAUGUUCAACGGUUGAGAAAAUAGGAGUUGGUUACCUGAACCAGCGACCUAGCGCCUGCAAUGAUGGCUCGUGGUCGGUUUCUGCUAUCGUGUGGCCUGAACUCGCUACAGCUUUAGAGUCUGACUCGGUUUUUCAGCCAAUGUCUGCUAAACAUCUUCAACUCCAGACCUGAAAACAAGCUCAGCUAACGACGAAAAAAUAAUCCCAAAGGAAGAAGCUUUCAUUGUUUUGCUUUAUUAUCUGUAAAAUUAUGGUUACAAAGGAUUGUGGUUACAAUGUGGCAAAACCAUGUAGGAGUUUUUACUUUUCACAUUUUCUGCACUAUAUGUUACUUCUGCACAGGAAACAAAAACAAAAUCAGGGAGCUUUCACCGGAUUUACGAUAUAAACCUAUGGUCAAAGUCUUAAGGCUUCUUCAAAUAUUUCUUGGCUUCUGCGGAGAAGCUUCUAGCGAUUUGUUUGUCCGAGAAUGUUAAAGGAAGCUCUUCAUCAUCAUAAUCAGUCUCUCUUCUGUCUAUCCAGCUAUGAGGUCUACUUGAGUCUUUUGGUCUAUCAUCUCCUUCGGUGGAUUCCGUGGGUGAGUUUGGUCCGUCUGGUAACUCGCGAUACAAGUGUUUAAUUAUGAAAAGAGCAGUAUCUUGAUCUCUCCAAUAGUUCCUGCACAGUAUAUAGCAGUCUUGAGUUCUUGGCUCUAAACGUUAAAUGUAAUGUGUAAGCAAUGAAAAGUUUCACUUACGUA